CGGAUUUCCGACCUUCCGGCGGUGACCGGAAGUGCGCCGGGGAGCAGGUUGGGCGGUGACUCCGUUGCCGUGGUGACGGGCUGCGGCCAGCCAUGGGGGGAAGCGGCGCUCGGGUUCCGGCGGCGGGGACGGCAGUGUGAAUGCCUAAGGGUGAAUUCUCGGACUGCUGGUUGAGCUGCUGAAGAGAAGGUCCUUUGAGAGAGUUGCAGUGCACGUGAUACCGACCCGGCUCCUGGGGGCUUUCGCUGGCUCGCCGAAGACAAGUCCGACCACCCGACCGCAGCACCCUCUGCCUCAGCCCCCGGCCGACAGAUGAACUCGGCCAGGGCUCAUGCCGAGCCCGUGAGCCCGGCCGCUGGUCGCCUGCCGUGAGUCAUCUUCGGAUGCCGAGGAAACUACACAGCCUCUGACGGUCUCUGUGAAUAUUCUCAACCUCCUCCCUCUCCUUCUCUCCCCCUCCUUUUCCCCUUCCUUCUAUCCACCCUUUCACGCCCCCACUCUCUCCCACCUUCCUCGCCUGUUUUCCCCACCUCCCCCAGUCCCUCAAUCCUCAAACUCCCCCAGGAGUGUGUCCACUGCCCGACCAUGAACGGGUGGAUCUACUGGGCCCAGGACCACCUGACCGCGCUGGUGCUGAACAUGCGCCGCACUCUGCUGCAGAUCGCCAUCCUCAUCAGCGUCGUCCUGCUGCUCCUCUGGCUGUCCGUCUUCCUCUACGGCAGCUUCUACUAUUCCUACAUACCGUCCGUCAGCUACACCACCCCGGUGCACCUCGUCUUCAGGUCCGACUGUGACUCCAGAGACGCGCUCUGCUCCUUUCCCAUCGCCAACAUUUCCUUAUUCCGCAACGGAAGGGAGAAGGUAAUGAUGUACGGACAACCGUAUCGGAUCUCCCUUUGGCUCCAGAUGCCGGAGUCUCCCGUCAAUCAGAAUCUGGGAAUGUUCAUGGUGCAGAUGUCCUGCUACACCAAGACAGGGACCGUAAUCUCCACCGUUUCCAGAUCGGCAAUGUUACAUUACAAAUCGUGGCUGUUACAAACUUUGGACACUCUGCUAUAUGCCCCUCUCUUCGUUACCGGGCUGCUGGAGCAGAUGCAGGUCGUGGAGGUCGAGCUCUACUCUGACUAUAAGGAAGAUUCAUACACUCCGACGAUCGGGGCGGUGAUCGAGAUCCAAACGAAGCACAUCGAGAUCUACAAGGCUCAGCUACUGAUCCGCGCCUACUUCACAGGAAUCAGGUACCUCCUGUACACCUUCCCGGUGAUGUCAGCCAUCAUCGGUGUCUCCACCAACUUCACCUUCCUCUGCGUCCUCGUUCUGGCCAGCUACCUGCACGUGGUGUGGGGUAGGCUGUGGUCCCCGGACGGAGCCAGAAGUCAGGUCGAGAGUCACCAGCGCCCCUCCGAGCAGCACCCGGAGAGAGCUCGAUUGCCCUCCCUGUCCCACCCGCUGUUGCGCAGCAGGGGCAGCAUAUCGCUCAGCGUGAUCGACAGCAGCCCGAGGCGCACGCCGGGCACCAGCCCCCGGGGAUCCCUGCAGAACCAGGACCUCCAGCAGGCCGAAACUCCCGGCACAUCAUGGCACUCUGCCAGGCUAGCGUCAAGUAGUCGUGUCGUGCAGGAACGGCCUCCAGGAGACUCCCCAAGGGCCAGCAUUCCAGCGACCGAGGGCAGUUUGAGGACAUCUCAACUCAACUCAAACGAUUUCCCAAGGGGCAGCAAUCCAGCGAUUGAGGGCAGCUUGAGGACAUCUCAACUCAACUCAAACAACUUCCCAAGGGGCAGCAUUCCAGCGAGCGAGGGCAACUUGAGAAUAUCUCAACCCAACUCAAACGGGCCGCCACUGGAAACGGUUGGACUGACGGAGCAGGAACCCACAGCUGAAGCAGAAUCCGGACCCACCAGGCCCCCGAGUGGAAUGCCAAACAGCGAUAACUCAGCUGAAGCAGAGCCUGGACCCACCGGGACCCCGAGUGGAAUGCCAGACAGCGAUGCUGCAGACUCAGCUGAAGCAGAGCCUGGACCCACCGGGACCCCGAGUGGAAUGCCAGACAGCGAUGCUGCAGACUCAGUGUUUGAUCACUCGGUGGAAGAAUCGAGCACUCCCUCGAGCAGGCAGCCGUCAGCCAUGACCGAGGCCGCCCAGCAGUUCCUCCAGUAGCGCCAGGAGCCGGGUGGGACUCCAGGCCAACAGAAGCAUGAAACGCAUGGACUUGAGAGCGGGCGGGGGCCACGAUCGGGACUAAUGUGACUGGCAGAACAGCCUGUCGUGGGACUUGGAGGCUGGGGUGUCGGUGACAAAACAAUCAGGCUCUGCUGUUCAUUCUUCGCUGACGGGGUGGGGGGGAGAUAAUAUUGUCCCCACCCUCCUCCUGGCAGUGUCAGUCAGUGACCCACCACCCUGACCUGUCCUGUUUACCCACAUUAGUCCGGGAACAAAUUCUCUCUCUCCCUCCCCAGUCCCAUUAAAACAGCCUCCAUGCAUUAUGUGGCCUUAAGCCACCCUCACCGCCCCCCCCCGCCCCACCCUGGUUAAAAGAGGUCCCAACACAGGGACAGUGAGCAAUCUCAGUGGGAGAGAUCUCUUCCACUGUGAGGUGGUGGUCCAGGCUCCUAUCCCGCCUUCCCACCCUGCCGCAUCAAUCAACUCCAGCCCGGCACAGGUAAAGAAUGGCGAAACGCCCUGGCAGUGUGAGAUGGUACUGUAGAGGGAGCUCCACUCCCUGCGGAACCCCCGGCGAGGAGGGAGUGCCACUCCUUCUGCAGGACCAACACAAUCAGGCUUCUGGCCGACAGCGCUGAAACCCCCAGCUUCCACCGAGAGCUCGCACGCGAGGGGGCUGAUUAAAAACCCAGUCGGAACACACCAGGGUUUCCUUCUCUGCCUUCCCACAGAAAGCACCCUUACAGGCAACCACUGCCACGUCACGUGCGGGCUGCACUCUUCCCCCACCCCCAGAGACCUCAAUCUCUUUGUGGACCGGACCACCCUUGUCCAAGCGUACAGGACAUCCCUGAACUA